GGAGCCCAGCUCUCCCAUUUGGUAUUGUACCGGGAAUGUCCAUCCCCUCCCCGAGAUCUUCCUUGAAUCCACCCUGAAUCACAGCUUUCCACGAUCCUGCACCCAUGGUGAUCUUCCUGGGGAAAAUCUCCAGGAUCCUAUCGUGGAGAUCCACUCCCCUCCUGGUGAUCUGAUCUGGGAUCACACGGCCAGUUCGAUGAAGGGUCUGUUCAUGGGAUCCUACCACCCUCUGACUAGCAGAUAUCUUGGACCCCAUACCCGUUGCCAUCUAGCAAAGGAGGGCUCUCCUUCCUUCUGGAACUCAUCCCAGGGAAGGGAAUGCAGUGACUUCCCCCAGAGUUCCUGGAAGCCAGUGGGUCGGGACAGGCCUUGGAAUGAGCUGGAUGCAGCGGGAUGAGCGGGACGGGCGCUCACUGGGCCUCCAGGAAACAGAAUCCCAGAGUUGAAAAGGAUCUCAGAGGCCUUAUUCACCCUGCACCUGAGCAAGGAGCGUCUCCAGCAGCUGGAAGGCUGAGGAGGGAAACCUAGUGCCUCCUGAGGCUGCGCGUUCCUCUUGGAGUGGCAGCGGCUCUCAGGAAGUUUUUCCUUUAACUCCACCCCACCCCAGUUCUGCCUCUGGGGCCCAGCAGAGCAAGCCUGCUCCCUCUUUCAUAGGGUAGUCUUUCCAAUACUUAAAGAUAGGUCUCAUGGUCUUCCUAAAGUCCUAAACAUUGCCAAAUCUUUCAAAGGAGGCCCUUCCCCAUCCUUUUCACCUGGAAAGACAUAAACCAUGCCCUCAUUUUCCCCUUGAAAACCUUGAGGCCCCUUCUGAAGAAAGCCCAGAGGAUUGGGGUCAGGACUGGGGGUGAUGAGGGGCCAUCACAGCACUGCACCCCAGCUUGAACGGCACCCUUGCCUCUCAGAGCACGGUCUAAGGGUCACCCAUCCCCUGUCCUUCAGGGGCCCAAUAAUCUGUGGGCUGGCCUUUCUCCUGCCCCCCCUCCAGGCCUCUAAGCUGAUACAGCUGUCUGGGAGCAUCAGCCUCCAGGGCAUAAGAGGCUCAGGCCCGGGCUAAAGCUACAGAAUACCUUAACCCUCCCUGAUACUACCAGCCUGCCCUCUUAACCAAUUUGUGGCCAAUUAGUGUAAUUGGAAGACUUGUAAAGAUGAAGCUCGUUAAUGUUUUAAAGUGAUGAGGCAAUUAGGGGCCUUGCAAGGAGGGUAGUUAUGGAGGGGGCUCCCCCUCCCUUUCCCAGCCUGCUCUGGUCUCCACCACUAUCUCCACUGUCAGCCUGGACAUACUGGCAAGGCCUGCUGUGGGCACAGAAGGUCAGAGCAAGAAAGGAAGACAGUCAAAAUCACAUAGGCCUGCUUUUAUAAAGAAGGAAACUGUAGUCAAGGGAGGAAGAUGGGAGAGCCUGGGCUUGCACGCUAGGACUAGACCCCAGGUCUCCUGACUCACAGCUCGGUGCUUACUACCCAAGUCUAAGCUUCCUCCUUCGGGAGUACGGCAUGGUGGUCAGACCUGGGUUUGAAUGCUGCCCUGACAUCUGUUAGCUAAGUGACCCAGAGCUCUGUCCGGAUGUCAGCUUCUUCAUGCGUCAAAUGGGGAUAGUAACACCACCUGUUAUAAUCCACACCACAGGUUGGUUGUUGGGGAAAUCUUUCAUAAACCUUCAAGCCUUGUUAAACUACUUUUAUUCUUCAAUCAACAAGUGUUUUUACCAUGCACCAGCUGGCUGUCAGCAGUGCUGGGCACUGGAGAAGUAAAGAUAGAAGUGGCCUGUAGGCACCUGGGUUUGCUCUUUGGGGUAGUUGGAGGCCUGGAUCUGGGGUGGAGACACCUAAUGGAGGUAGGCAGACAAUUACCGAGGCUUCUCUUUGGCCUUGCACUAUAGGAGGGUAACUCCCAAAUAUCUGGGUCCCAGACCCCAAGGCCAUCUCUCCAGAGUCUUUCCCUGUCCCUUUUCCCUUCCCCAGAUCUUGGGGGAGGCAGCUGGAGUCAUCUGUGGUCUCAGUGGGAGGUAGUGAAUGCAGCCUCUCAAGGUGGGUGGGGGUGGGGAGAUGUCAGGGUCUCUGAAUCUGCCUCUUGGCUUUGCUAGGAACUCACCAAGUGACUUUAGGCAAAUCUCUGUGGCCUCAGUUUCCUCCUCUGUGAAGUGUGACUGCUUCACAUAAAGUCCUCCUUGCCUUCUCUAACUUCCCUUGGGGUUUAAGCCUCAUCCUUCGAGUCAUGGAAGGACCCUAGCUUCCCCGAGGUCAAACAGACAGAGCACAAACUGGUGAGUCGUGUCAAGAAGGAAAGGCAGUGAUGGACCAUGCCAGACCAUCCUGGCUACAUUCAGAGACAUGCGGCAUGAUGGCUUCAGGGGGAUGAAAUGUGUCGGCUCAGCAAGUCUUGAAGACCAUCUAUCCAUGGUGGUCUGCAUUAGGUCCUUGGAUGGCUGAGGUACAGGAACACUUGGCUGUGAUCUCAUAGAAGGGAUUCCUAGUCACAUACCAGCCCUUUCCAACUCUGAGAUACUGUGAUUGACAUGCUCCCUAAUGGCUUUCCAUCCAUUAGUCAAAGGGACUGAAGGCACAAUGCAGGAAGUCUGUCCCUCUCCUCUAGUCUCCCACCUGUCCUAUAUCACUCUAUAAGCUGCCUGUCUACCAGGACUUCCCCUUUGUCCAUUCUACUCAGUUAACCACUUCCCCCACCCCCUACCACCUUCUAGACCCAGGGGGACAUCAAGGGGCACCAACUGUCUGUCAUCCUUAAAGGGGAAGGCCUCCCAAUUAAUCACUGGCUCUAAUCUCUCUUCCAAUUCUCCUCCCAUUGCUUUCUAGUCUGUCAGGGCUUAAGACAGGGGUCUGUAAAGAUCUGCAGAGACAGGUGGGUGUCUCAGGGAGGAAGACUUGACCGGAGGAGCCCCCAGUUCCUGGUGGGGCAAUGUUUCUGAGCAAAUGUGAGGGGGAGCCAGCUGAGGGAAGGCCCCCGGGGUCCUCGGAAGCAGAAGACACCCCCAAGAAGAAACACAGGAGGAACCGCACAACCUUUACAACCUUCCAGCUACAUCAGCUGGAGAGGGCCUUUGAGCGCUCCCACUACCCUGAUGUCUACAGCAGAGAGGAGCUGGCCACACAGGUCAACCUUCCUGAGGUUCGCGUGCAGGUCUGGUUCCAGAAUCGUCGGGCCAAAUGGCGACGGCAAGAGAAGCUGGAGGCCAGCUCUGCAGCAGCAGCAGCAGCAGCCGCCGCCACCAAACUUCCAGAGGCCCCCAUGCUGGCCUUUGCUCGGCCUCCCCCAACUGCCUCACUCCCCCUGGACCCUUGGCUGACCUCAGGUCCCCCAGCCAUGCAUGCUCUCCCAGGCUUCCUGGGACCAAGGCCUGGUCUACAACCCACCUAUGGGCCUCACGCCUUCCUCCACGCCUCUUCAGGACCCCCUCCUUUUGGGGAGGCCUUUGGCCCCCUGGCAGAACCUGGGGAUGCCCACGCUCGAAGCUCCAGCAUUGUCUCUCUUUGUUUUCGGGCCAAGGAGCAUGUCCAGACUCUUGAUAGGACCUGGCAACCUCUCUGACCCUGUCCCUGCUGCCCCCUUUUUGCCUUAGACUUCACCAAGGACAGUUGGGCUCUUUCAGGAUCCUCUCUGCUGUGCUCUCUCCUCCUGUCCCAACACACUUUGGAGCCCUUCAGGGAUGCCCAGCAGGGGCCAGGAACAACUGUUGACAAGGGCUUUGACCAUGUUAGAGAUGGAUCAACUGAGAACCAGAAAGCUCAAGCAACUUGGCAAAGGCAACACAGUUAGAGGGUAGUAGGGCCCAAAUCUAAGAAGCAGGAUUCUUCCCAGGGGUGGGCUGGUAAAUAUUUAAUAACCAGCUCUCUAAAGACAAAAAAAGUAUGCAUCAAAUCCUUUAAAAUUUGAUCUGAAUCAUUAAUAUUUUCUCCAUUACUUUCCUAAGGCUAGACAAUCAACAAAACAAUAAAUCAAGCUCUCCUUUGUAGGGUUUGCUGGUUACUGAAGUGUAAAUAUGCACACUGAAAAAUUAACAAUUGGCUAGAGCCGAUCGAGUCACCUCUAGCAGGUCAACCCCGGUUCAUAAGGCGGGGCUGGGUGAGUGGGGACAGUGGAAGAUGGGUCAUUCAUUGGUGCCUUUCCAUCUCUUCUUGCUGAAUGAGAGGGGAAUGGGGGCACCCUGUGUUCAUGCUGCCUUCCCAAUAAAAUCGGGUAUGUAUGAAA